AUGGUGGCUCUCUCGCUAUCACUGGCACUUGCGGCGUCGCUGGCCCCUUGGGCGCAAGCCUCGCCCACCACGAAACACCUGGAGGUCCGCGCUGAUGACAAAGCCUACUCACCUCCGUACUAUCCCGCCCCUAAGGGAGGAUGGCUCUCCGACUGGGAGGAUGCCUACGAGAAGGCGCACGAGCUGGUCAGCCAGAUGACCCUGGCGGAGAAGGUGAACCUGACGACGGGUACGGGAAUCUUCAUGGGCCGCUGCAGCGGACAGACCGGGAGCGUAUCGCGACUGGGCGUGCCUCAACUCUGCAUCAACGACGGCCCGCUGGGCGUUCGCAACACCGACCUCGCCACGGCCUUCCCCGCCGGCAUCACCGUCGGGGCAACCUUCGACAAGGAGCUCAUGCACGAGCGGGGUGUCGCCAUGGGAGAGGAGUCGCGCGGGAAGGGCGUCAACGUGCUGCUGGGCCCGUCGGUCGGGCCUAUCGGCCGCAAGCCUCGAGGAGGCCGCAACUGGGAGGGCUUCGGCGCUGACCCAGUCCUUCAGGGUAUUGCGGCCGCGCAGACCAUCAAGGGCAUGCAGAGCACUGGCGCCAUCGCGUGUAUCAAGCACUAUAUCGGUAACGAGCAGGAGAUGCACCGCAUGAGCAGCGUGGUCACCCAGGGCUACUCGUCCAACAUCGACGACCGCACUCUGCACGAACUUUACCUGUGGCCGUUUGCCGAGAGCGUGAGAGCGGGCGUUGGCUCUCUCAUGACCGCCUAUAACGAUGUGAAUCGGUCUUCCUGCAGCCAGAACAGCAAGCUCCUUAACGAUAUCCUCAAGGACGAAUUGGGCUUCCAGGGCUUCGUCAUGACCGAUUGGCUGGGUCACUACGGCGGUGUCUCCUCCGCUCUGGCGGGUCUGGAUAUGAGCAUGCCCGGUGAUGGGUCGCUCCCGCUGUUCGGUACUAGCUACUGGGGCUCCGACAUGUCUCGCUCUGUCUUGAAUGGAACGGUCCCGCUCGAUCGUCUGAAUGAUAUGGUUACUCGCAUUGUGGCGACGUGGUAUCAGAUGGGCCAGGACAAGGACUACCCCUUGCCCAACUUCUCCACCAACACCGCUGCCGAUAAGGCUCUUCUCUACCCCGGGGCGGUCCUCUCCCCGAUCGGCGUGGUCAACGAGCAUGUCGAUGUGCAGGGCAACCACAACGAGACGGCGAGGGCCGUGGCGCGUGAUGCCAUCACCCUGCUGAAGAACGAGGGCGAGACGCUGCCGCUGAAGAAGGACGACUCCCUGUACGUCUUUGGCACCGAUGCGGGGUCCGACCCGCAAGGGCUGAACUCGUGUGCCGACAAGGGCUGCAACCGCGGUGUCCUGACCAUGGGCUGGGGCAGCGGCACCGCCAAGCUGCCGUACCUCGUCACCCCCCAGGAGGCCAUCGCCAACAUCUCCUCCAAGGCCGAAUUCCACAUCACCGACUCCUUCCCCAAGGACGUCUCCCCCGGCCCCGAUGACGUUGCCGUCGUUUUCAUCAGCGCCGAUGCGGGCGAGAACUUCAUCAUCGUCGACGGCAACCCUGGAGACCGCACCAAGGCGGACCUGAAGGCGUGGCACAAAGGUGACGAACUCGUCAAGGAUGCCGCGGAGAAGUUCUCCACGGUCGUCGUCGUGGUCCACACCGUCGGCCCCAUCCUCAUGGAGGAGUGGAUCGAGCUGCCGUCCGUCAAGGCUGUCCUCGUCGCCCACCUGCCCGGCCAGGAAGCCGGAUGGUCGCUGACGGACGUCCUCUUCGGCGACUACAGCCCCAGCGGCCACAUGCCGUACACCAUCCCGCGCAGCGAGGACAACUACCCGGAGAGCGUGUCGCUGAUCCAGCAGCCCUUCGGCCAGAUCCAAGACGACUACACCGAGCGCCUGUACAUCGACUACCGCCACUUCAUGAAAGCCGACGUCACCCCGCGCUACCCCUUCGGCCACGGCCUCUCCUACACCACCUUCGACUACUCCAAGCCGAGCCUCUCCGUCGUGACCCCGCUCGACAGCGCCUACCCGCCAGCCCGGGGCCCCAAGGGCUCCACGCCCACCUACCCCGACACCAAGCCGGCCCCCUCCGAGGUCGCCUGGCCCAAGGACUUCCCCCGCAUCACGCGCUACCUCUACCCCUACCUCGACAACCCCGAAGGCGCCGCCGCCAACUCCAGCAAGAAAUACCCCUACCCAGAGGGUUACACCACGAAGCCCAAGCCGGGUCCCCGCGCGGGCGGCGGCGCCGGCGGCAACCCCGCCCUGUGGGACGUGGCCUACUCCGUGCAGGUGACGGUCACCAACUCGGGGAAGCGCCCGGGCCGCGCCGUGGCCCAGCUCUACGUCGAGCUGCCUACGGACCUCGGCGUCGACACGCCCUCCCGCCAGCUGCGCCAGUUCGAGAAGACUAAGACGCUGGCUCCUGGAGAGAGCGAGAUCGUGACCCUUGAGGUCACCCGCAAGGACGUCAGCGUGUGGAACGCUAUCGUGCAGGACUGGCAGGUGCCUGUUAACGGCGAGGGCGUUAACAUCUACGUGGGAGAGAGUGUUGCCGAUGAGCGCGUAGUGUGCAAGGUGGGGGAUAAGUGCUCGACUUUGUAA